UCCGUUGGUUUAAAUCACAAAAAGAGAAAAAACCCUAAUUUCCUAUUUCUUCGAAAUCCUCAAAUUCACUCUCGUUCUCUAAUCAUCAUCACUGAAUUGUAGUCACCGUCUCAUCAUCGCAUCGUUGCUGUGGAUUUCAAGUCGAACGGCACUUUGAUGGAUUCAAAGAUCACCAAGAACUCGUCUACUUCGAAAGAUCCUUUCUUUUGCUUGAAAUGGCCAUGGGAUUCUAACAAUCAACCCAAAUCAUCGAGCCCCUGCGACUUUCAAGGACCGUGGAUCUUCAGAUCGAUGCAAAGUAUUGGCUCUAUUGCUCUCAGCUCCUUGACUUCACUUGGCCAAAAUCCAAACUUUAGACCGAAGAAGAAGGCUUUAAGCAGUAGUGAGCAAGGAGAAGCAGAGCAGAGGGCUUUUGCAGCUGCUUUAGCCAGCCAGAAAGAAGCCACAGUACUUGAAUUUUACUCACCUAAAUGCAGACUCUGCAAUUCGUUGCUCAACUUUGUUUUAGAGGUAGAGAAGAGGAACUCAAAUUGGCUCAGCAUUACAAUGGCAGACGCAGAGAAUGAGAAUUGGUUUCCUGAGCUUCUCCACUAUGACAUAAAGUAUGUUCCUUGCUUUGUUUUGCUGGACAAAAAUGGACAAGCUUUGGCUAAGACAGGAGUUCCAAGUAGUCGUGCUCAUGUCAUUGCCGGUAUCUCUCAUCUUCUCAAGAUGAAGCGCCCACCAUCCAAGUAGUGAAACUAUGGUAGAUGAUUUCACAUUUGAUGCAAACAAGGAAUUUCUUUAAAAGGCUGUGGAUGGUUUCUUUUUGGUGCAUAUAUAAAACUUAAACUGGAAUCAGAAUCGCUGUUCUAGUAUUUCAACUGGUACUAAUGCUAUGGUAUAUAUAUGUUUUUGUUCUUCAGAUAAGAUCUCUGUUACUCCUUUCUUAAUAUUUGCAUUCUGCAUUCUCAAUA